AGCAGAAACUGAGGAAAAGGCUGGGAUAAUUUUAUUUCACUGAGACAAACUGGGAAAGAGCAAUUUCUGGGUUAUAAGCUCCGCUGAAAAUGUCUGUCCAGUUUUCUCCACAGGCACCCUGGAGGAACAACAACAUCAGUUUUUUGACCAGAGAGUCAGCUGUAACAGAGCAAGGAGAGACUAUCAUAGGUUUCUACCUGCUGGCUUUAGGUUGGCUGUCUUGGUUUGGAAACAGCAUUGUGAUUUUUGUCCUGUAUAAGCAAAGACAUCUUCUGCAGCCCACCGACUACCUCACAUUUAACUUGGCAGUAUCAGAUGCUAGUAUCUCUGUGUUCGGUUAUUCACGGGGGAUCAUUGAAAUCUUCAAUGUCUUCAGAGAUGAUGGUUUCAUUAUCACGUCGAUAUGGACUUGCCAGGUUGAUGGGUUCCUGACACUUCUCUUUGGCCUGGCGAGCAUUAAUACCCUUACAGUAAUCAGUGUGACUCGCUACAUCAAGGGCUGCCAUCCUGAGAGAGGUCACUGCAUCAGCAACAGCAGUAUGACGGUGGCUCUGGUUCUCAUUUGGAUAGCAGCUUUCUUCUGGUCAGCAGCUCCAUUACUUGGCUGGGGCAGUUAUACAGAUCGCAUGUACGGCACAUGUGAGAUAGACUGGGCAAAAGCCAACUUCUCUACAAUCUACAAGUCCUACAUUGUGUCCAUUUUUAUCUGCUGCUUUUUCCUACCUGUAACAGUGAUGAUCUUCUCAUAUGUGUCAAUUAUCAAUACUGUCAAGCUAAGCCAUGCAUUAACAGGACUGGGUGAUCCCACAGACAGACAGAGGAGAAUGGAGCGGGACGUCACCAGGGUUUCUAUUGUCAUUUGCACAGCCUUCAUUAUUGCAUGGUCACCAUAUGCUGUCAUCUCUAUAUGGUCUGCCUACGGUCACCCCGUGCCCAAUCUUACCAGCAUCCUUGCCAGUUUGUUUGCUAAGUCUGCCAGCUUCUACAAUCCCAUUAUUUACUUCGGAAUGAGCUCCAAAUUUCGGAGGGACAUUUUCAUCUUGUUUCAUUGUGCCAAGGAAGUCAAGGACCCUGUGAAGCUCAAACGUUUCAAAAACCUCAAGCAAAAACAACAAGAGCCUUCUCAGAAAGAAGUGAAGUAUGCAGGAGAAACGCACCCUGCACCAAGUCCCGAUUCUGGGGUGGGAAGUCCAACCAAUACCCCACCUCCAGCAAACAGGGAAGUGUAUUUUGGUAUUUUCGAUACACCAUCUAAUAACCCUGAUAUUGAAUGUGAUAGACUGUAAGUUUUGUGGCCACUUAACACAAGCACCCACUUUGUGUUCAGGAAGACCCUCUGCAGAUCAGCGCUUGAGUGAUUUCCUAAUUCCCAGUCCAUCUGUUCCUUGCUAUAGCACUGACGACUCUACAACUCAAGCAAAUCAGAUGGAACAGUGAUAUUUUCCUUCUAUGUAGGUACAAAAAGCUAUGAAGCAUAUUACAACGUGGGCAGCACAUCCAGUGCCAGAAACAUUUGAUUUUCACAUGCAUGCAGGAAAAGGAAGACUGACUUCUGAAGAGCAGGCAUUAGCUGGCAAAAAUAACUAGUAUGUUCCUAUCCAAAUUUUAUUAAUUAGGAGAUUGCAUUUCCAAAUAUGUUUUUUGCUCUUCAACAGUCCCAGCCAUAGAGGAUCGUUUUAGCUCUGUGGUGCUGCACGGCCCAGGCUGUAGGAGAAGAUACGCCUUGCUGAGAUCGCUGUGGAGCUGCUGCAGCUCCAAUGGCUGCGAGCUGGUAGACAAAACUGUGUGGUGCCUGCAGGGCACCAAGGAGUGCCCACCGUGGGGCUCCCAGGCCCAGUGCGUGCAUGGGUAUGUGUCUGAUCCUCUGUGCCUCACUCUGUGUGUCUAUGCAGGUGCUAGGAGUUGUAGGUCUUGGCAUCUUCUAGUCACUGCAGUCUGAACAGUGGCUUCAUACUUUUCCUCGUUGGUCUGCAGAAUUAUUUCCUUCUUCCCCAGCCUUCCCAGCGAGCAGGGCCUGGCUGUAGCGUUCAGAUUCAGGAAAGCUGGCCUUUAACUUUACUGAUCUGUCUCCAAACUCGUUAUUUUUCUACCUGACUAUUAAGGUGGAGCAAGAGGUGAUGUACAGACAAUGAAACCAAAAAUGACACUAAGGUUUUAAGAGUACUAAUGAACUGUGGCAUCAGAGCUAUUUACAAAAUAUAAUCCAACACAUCACUGCUGCUUCUAAAGAAAGUUUUUGUACCUGCCUAUGGGUAAAAAAUGACUUUUUGGUAAACAUAACAAAAAGUAGCAAUUAAGGAUAGUGAUUUAAAUAGCUAAGUGGUAGGCUUAAAUCAGUAACAAGACUAUCAGAUGUUAUAAUAUCCAAUUAUUCCACCAAGUUUAUCUUACAGAUUCAAUGUUGAGGAGGUAUGUCUUCAUAAUUCCUCACCUUGGAAAUUAACUGCAUACACAGAAACUUUGGUGAAAAUGUCUCUGUAUCAGCCAUGGAAAGUGUGAGUUCAUUUAAUGCCCUUUGCAAGUUAAACAAGAAGGGAUAAAAAAAAAGAAGGAAAACCCCCCAGCCAACAGUGGUUGCUAACCUCACUGCUAUUUAUGAUUUUUUGGAAUCUCACUGUCCAGGAGUGCUAAAAUGUAGUUGUUUUGCAAAAGUAUGCUUUUCCAGAUGUGUUUCUUGGGAAAGUUACAAAGAGAGCCUGCCUUCAUUUCCCCCAUUACUCUAUUUGUUUUAAGAAAAUCAUCUGUGUUUUGAAGUUAAAAACAAAUAAACAUUGUAA